UCUUUUUUCUAUUAAAACAUCAAAGUAUGAAAAGAUUGUCAUAUAGCAGUGGAAAGUGUAAAUUCUAAAACAUACAACAUUUUGUAAUUUUAAACGUAAUGAUUAUACGAGCAAGCACUCGUUGUCGUUGACAAAUAAACUGAAUAAAAAAAACGAACAACAAAAAAAUGCUAAAACUUUUCUCGUUGAGCCGGUGCUCCAUGUGCACUAUGGUACAAAUGGCACCCAAGACAUACAAAAUGCACGAUUAUGCGUCGAAUUUUGAGGAAAUGAAAACCAGUAUAAUGUUUGAGAAAUAUUCAAAUCAUACAAGGAAUAGGCAGAUGAGGAUAGUGUCUAGUCAAGAAAAUUUCAAGGCCAUUAAAGCGAUCUUGGAGAAGUAUCACAUUGAUAUGAGUAAUAUACAGAGUAACAAAUUGGUUUUCAAUGAAACACAGUGGAAUGUUGAAAAAAAAAUACUGUUGUUACAAGAAUUAGGUGUGGAGAAAAUAACAACAGGACAAAUCGUGAACUUUGUUAAUCAAUUGUAUUUGGCAGUCCCUUUGUACAAAGCAAGUUUAGGAUUGGCUGCUAAUGUCAAUAUAGCUGAAAGACUUUUAUCUACAGCCCAAAGUUCAAAAAUCGACUGUAAAGCUUUAAACCAUUUGGAUGAAAACAUGACCAUGAAAACGUAUUAUAGCGAGUGCUUCAAUUAUUACGUGAAGGAGGAACUCGGUUUGACACCAGAAGAAGUCAGACGAGUAUCAACCAAAAAGUUUAUGCCAACAGUGUACAAUAGUUUCAGAUUGUUGCAAAGGUUACUAAUAUUAAUUCAAAAAGACUAUAACUUGUCUAAGGUCUUAGUGUUGAGACAUUUUGGCUGGUUAUUAGCGCAUCAUCCAGAUCAUGGAUUGAAGGUCAUAAAUGCACUUGAAAAUAAUUUCAAAGAGUUGGAUGUGUAUAAAGUAAUUUCAAGAUGCCCUAAAGUGAUCAACUAUGAUAUAGGUGAACUUAAUAGUCUUAUAACGUACAUGAACAAACACGGAAUCACAGGACAGAUGAUUCAAAGUGCCCCUGAAGUUUUUAACCUAAGCUCCACUGAAUUUAUGGGUAGAAUGGAAACUUUGAUGAAAAAUCCAUUCACCUUGGUUUACAAGAAACAUCCAAGAUUUUUACUAUUGGUCAGGGAUUAUCAGAUUUCUUUGCCUCGCAUUAAAUACCUUCAAGAACAAAACAUUAAAUAUGCAAGCAUACAUUCACUCACCACAUUUCACAAUUAUUUGGACCAACUAGUGACUACUAGAAAAUUGAAGAAGCUUAGUAUAACAAGCUUUCUGAAACUGCACUUUAAUAAAGAUAGCGAAGAAUUGUAUAAAGGAUUGAAAAGGCAUCCGCAUCACCUAUGCGUUUCACUGUUACAAAUAAAUGAAACUUUAUCUUAUUUGAAGGAAGUGUAUCCCAAAGAUGUAAUAUGUAAACACAUUUAUGCAAUUUUAUACAGUGUAACCGAUCUAAAAGCUGCACGAGAAGAGGUAUUGAAGGAUCCAGAAUACAGUAAUCUGUCGCCUCAGCACAACCUGUCAAUGUGCUUGUAUAAAGUAGACUCAGCAAACCACUUUACCGGUAAUGCCGUUUUAACACCUGACAAAUACGCGGAAAGUCUCGAAGAAGAGGCUCAUCAAGAGGAAGAAAACGAAGAAAAAUAG